GCAGGCCCAAUACUAAACUCUAAUUUUCUUGCAGCAUCUAACACAGGAAGAAUGAGUCUGAAGAUAAAGAAAAAAGCUCGAACGUCCUUUGGGGCGACGGCUCCACCCUUCAUUGACUAUCUGAAAGAUAUUCUUCGUCGUUAUCCAGAUGGUGGACAAAUUUUAAAGGAGCUGAUUCAAAAUGCAGAUGAUGCUGAAGCCACCAAAGUGGUUUUCAUCCAUGAUGAGAGAAGCUAUGGGACUAAAAGCCUGUGGACUGAAGAACUGGGGAAAUACCAAGGCCCUGCUCUCUAUGCCUACAACAAUGCUGCAUUCACUGACGAUGACUGGGAAGGAAUUCAGAUGGCAGGGAGGAGUGUCAAGCGCAACGACCCAAACAAAGUCGGAAGGUUUGGAAUUGGCUUCAACUCUGUCUACCACACAACAGAUGUACCGAGUAUUUUCAGUUCAGUACACCUUGGCUUCAUGGACCCCCAGGAAAAAAUAUUUGGAGGCAGAAAUGGAGGUUUUCUGUGGUCUUUGGACAAUCCAGAAGAUCAAGACGCUCUGAUGAACAUGGAAGAUCAAUUCCAACCCUUUCGAGAUAUAGUUUCACUUGUAAGUGGAAAAGAGUGGUCAAACGUUGUCAUGGAGGACCAGCACUUUGAUGGCACAAUUUUCAGAUUCCCUUUGCGCAGCGAGGUUUCUGAAAUUUCAGAUAAUCUGUACGAUUCAAAAAAGGUGGUUGAGCUUUUCGAUAGCUUCAUUGCAGAUGCAGGCUUGAGCCUCCUGUUCCUCAAAAAUGUGACUUGUGUAUCACUGAUUCAUAUUGACACACAUGGCACUGUCAACACCAGAUUUAAGGUGACAUCCUCUGUGGCCCCAGAUGCUCUUUUGAAGUCAGAAGACAAGUCUGUCGUUGAGGGUUCGACGAAGUUCAAAAUGAUAACCAUCCACUCAGACACUCGCCGUGAAACCAAGUGGCUUGUGACAACAUGCACCAUGAAAGAAGGCAAUGUAGACAAUCUCGAUUCACUUGCAAAAAAGUUGAGCUUUUUCCCUCAAGUUGACCUGGCAUUCCCUUGUGGUGAGAAGAGAAACUGUAGUGAGAGUAGACUGAGCUGCUUUCUCCCCCUCCCAAACAAUGAGUCCAACAAAACAGGACUCCCAGUUUAUGUCAACGCGUGCUUUGGCCUCACAGACAACAGGCGAGAAAUCAAGUGGCAAGAGGAAGACCAGCAACAUGAUGAACACGCUCUAUGGAACGAACUGCUGAUGAAGGAAGUGCUUCCUCAGGCAUACCUCAUGAUCAUUCAAGAUGCCAUCAAACUAGCCCAAAUGUCUAUUUUCCCUGCGGCCAUUGUGUAUGACUUGUGGCCAGACAUUGCCCAUGUUCAACACAAGGACAAAUGGUAUCCCAUUGCCCGGGAUGUUCUUAGUCAUUUAUUCAGAGAGAAUAUGGCUGUCUUCUCUCUUGCAAGAGAUGAAAGACGAUUCAUCCUUCCAUCAGAGGCUGUGUUCCCCUGUAAUGGUCCAACCAGCCCUGAAAUAUUGGCCGCCAUUAAACAGACUUUGGUUUCCUGUGGGGAAAAUCUUGUCACAUUACCAGGGCAUGUUGCAAGAGCUAUAAAAGAGGGCUGUCCAUACCUGAGCACCCUGAAACAUGUCACUCCAGGCUUCAUAAGGGACACUCUGCGCAGGAUUGGCACACUUAACAUCUCUCGAGAUGACAGACUCUGUCUUUUGGAGUACGCGUUGAGUGAUGAGAAAUAUAAAGAACUUGAGGGACUUCAGCUGCUUCCACUCAGUGAUGGCUCUUUCAGAUCCUUCACAAACAGACAGGAGGACACCGCAUUGAUUGACAGCAAUGAAUUUCCAAGAGCCUUGCUACCAUUCUGCAAACACCUCUUCAUCUCAGAUGAUCUCAGUCCAGUCAGCAUCGUCCACCUGAAAGAACUGGCCCGACAAAAUUUAUUCCAGGUCAUCAACAUUGAUGCAGACCGAGUGGCUGAAUAUGCAAGGACAUAUUUGCCACAGGACUGGAAGAAGAAUGGGCCAGGGUUUGUCAUCUGGGACACCAGCAACAGUCAACAUCCACCUUUAGACUGGCUCCAGGGAUUCUGGAAAUUUCUCAACACUCACUUCAAAGAGUUAAGUUCUUUCACUGGAAUACCAUUAAUACCAGUCUGCUCCCCGCCCCUCAGUCAGGCUGUAUCACUAGCACAAUUGCAACAGAACACCACCCUCAUUUUUCAGACAAGCAAAAAGAUGAGCUUGCCAGAUCAAAUAGCUCAGUUGGUGAACAAAGCUGGUGGCACUGUGGUGAAAGGAAAUGAGUGGCUCCAGCACAUAGACCUAGACUCUUAUGUGCUUUGCCCAUCUCCAAUGAGUGUCGUGAAAAUAUUGGUGAAUUUAGAUUCUCAGCAUCUUAUCAGAGAACUCAAAGCGGCCUCUCAGACAGCAAGAGAAGAACUAAAAGAUUAUCUAUCUUGUCUGGAUUCUCUUACAAGGGGUGAGAAAGAGUUACUCUCAAAGUUGCCUCUUUUUCAAACCAUGAAAGGACAGUGUUCUGCAGCUCAAUCGAAACAGGCUGUUCAACUCAUGUCUGGUUUAACAAUACCGGUAGAGCUCCCUCUGCCUGAUUCAGUUGUGCGCUGUGCUACAGAGGCUGAUCGCAGACUGUUGCAGCUGCUUAAAGUUAAUAUCUUAAACACAGCUGAUGCAGCUAAUCUUCUCAUUGAUUGCAUCCAAAAGGGGUCUUGCAGCAAAGGUGACAUUGACAAAACCAUGAUUUGGAUUUUACAAAAUGGCAACAUCCUCUUCUCUCAGAAUGAAACACUGAAAAACAGAUGCAAGAACUUGAGCUUCAUUCAAGUGAAUAAGGAACUGAGAAAGGCCUCAAGCUUUUUUGACCCAAGAAUUCAAAGUUUUACCAUCAUUUUUGAGUCUGGCUUCUUCCCCCCAAACGUGUACACUGGCACAUCACAAAUGCUUGAAAGCCUAACAGAUCUUGGUUUGCAAAAUAAAGAAGCAAAUGUGUCACCUAAGCAUUUGUUGCAUGCUGCCACACUGAUUGACAAAAUGCACAGGGACUCUCCCACUGAAGCUCAGAAAAGAGCUCAGGUGCUCUUAAAAAUGUUGGAUGCCAAUAAUCUACUGUCAAAGUUUUCUUCUGAAGAGAUCCAAAACCUUAAAAUGCUAAAAUGGGUCCCAUGUGAUAAACCUGGUGACAACAAGUCUCAGGGAAGUUGUUUCUUCUGCCCAGAUGAAAUAAGACAUUCUGUAUUCAAGGACAUUGUUGGACAUGUGAUGCCUCUUUUGGGAAAUCUCAGUGAAAAAGUUAGCAACAAACUUGGGCUUAAAUGCCGACCUCCUCCCGAAAAAGUAUUUGAAAAUUUAUCAGCCUUGACAUCAAUGGCACAGAAAAUAGCUGAUCCUGACACCGAUGUGUAUUUCAAAAAGGAGCUGCAUAGCAUUUACAAACACAUGCAAGAUCACAUCUCUGAAUUUGCUACGGUGGAAAACCAGAACAAAAACUGGCUGUGGAGCUACAGCAAGUUUGUUUCACCAAAGGAUUUGGUUCUUGACUACCCAUGUAAUCUAGACCUGAGCUUGUACAUUGGGAAGGUGCCAAAAGAAUUUCUGUCAUACAAGAAGUUGCUCCAGGCUUUUGGCCUGAGAACACUGAUUUCAGAUGGAGAAAUUGUUGACAUCCUUCAUUCUAUCCAGCAAAAUGUUGAAGCAAGGCGACAGCCUUUUGCAAGCUCCUCUGAGGUAAAGGUGUCAAUAGAAAUUCUUAACUGGCUGUGGAGAGAGAAGAAGAGCGUGAAGGAUGACAUUCCAGUGCCAGUCAUCUUAGAGGGUGAACAACAUACACUGAAACCAAAGUCAACAGCAGUCUUUUGUGAUGUGAGCAAAAAUGGUUUGAAAGAACUUGAUUGCAGCCAGGAGGAAAUUUACGUUGUGCACGAAGAAAUCCCAAAAGCAACGGCAGAGUGGUUAAACAUUCCAUUCCUCAGUACCUUCAUCCUCGAUCCAGAGUUGGUGGGAAUAGAACAAUGCGGACAAUCAGAGCCAAUAACAACAAGGAUAAAAAACAUUCUCAAAGAAUAUGACGAAGAAAGUGACAUCUUCAAAGAGCUAAUUCAAAAUGCAGAAGAUGCUGGGGCAGAAGCCUGUAAAUUCCUGGUGGAUUUCAGAGUCCACAAAGAUGCUCCUGAAAGUCUUAUUGAUCCUGGCAUGGCCCUCUGUCAAGGACCGUGCCUUUGGGCUUAUAAUAAUGAGCAGUUCACAGCUGAGGACUGGGAAAGCAUUGUCCAAGUUGGCUCUGCCUCAAAAGAAAACAAAGUGGAAAAGAUUGGAAAGUUUGGACUUGGAUUCAAUACUGUGUAUCAUGUGACAGAUGUUCCCUCCAUCCUUAGUGGUAACAGUCUUCUCAUACUCGAUCCCAAUGUAAGUCACCUUAAAAAGCACAUCAAGCACAAAACAAAUCCAGGAAUCAAACUCGAUUUGUCCCAGAAGCGACUUUUUAAUUGGUUUCCUGGUCAGUUUGGACCAUAUGAACGGAUUUUUGACUGCAACUUCAACAAACAAAGGUCUUCUGAACUCUAUCCAGGUACUCUGAUCAAACUACCUUUCAGAACUGAAGAAGAGGCUCGCCAGUCAGAACUAAGCACAAAGGUGUAUCACAAACAGAACAUUGUCUCUUUUCAACAGCACUUGACUGAGAGUUCACAAACUCAUCUGCUUUUUCUGAAGAAAGUCAAUGCCUUAUCCCUUCAAAAUAUCACAAACAAUGGGUCAACACCACCAAGAGAUGAUGAAAUAGAAACCGUCUUCACUGUCUCUAAAACAACUCUGAGUACAAUGAAGAUUCUUGAGGAAACCUUUGAGUCAAAGCAAUGUCAAGCUGAGAAAUCACUGAUGACACUUGGUGCAAAACAUAAGGUCAUUGACUGCCACACAAUCAAUCUUGUUGAAAUCACCAGUCAGGAGUGUGGUGUAACUGACGUUCAGGCUUGGCUCCUGUACAAUUGCUUUGGGACACAGGAAUCUUUGAAAAUGGCCCUUCAAAAAAGCAAACAUGCCAAGUUCUCUUUGCCCAUCGGGGGGAUUGCUGUUCCUUUGCAAAAGAAACCAAAAACUGGGAAACUGGCUCCAUUACAAACAGAUCUUGUUGGACAGGCAUUUUGCUUCCUCCCUCUUUCCAUUAACACGGGUCUUCCAGUUAAUGUAAAUGGUACAUUUGCUGUAACAAGCAACCGCAAAGGUCUGUGGGAGAGUGGUGUGAAACGUGACUGGAACACAGCUCUUCUUAAGGAUCCUGUAGUGACGGCAUAUGUGACCACACUCUUGACACUGAAGAAAAUGUCUGAAGACAAGCAAUUGGAAGAUUACUGUUAUCAUACGUUUUGGCCAGAUGGAGAUAAAGUAAGUGACACCUUCAAGCCAUUGGUUGAUGCAUUUUACUCUAUUAUUGCCCAGCAGUCCCUUGGCCCACAGCUCUUCAGUGAUGGAGAAAACUGGUGCUCAAUAACCUCUGCCAUAUUUCUCCAUGAGAGCAUUGAAGAGGAUAAAGACAUGAGUGCACUUGUGGUGCAGAUGUGCAAGAAAUAUGCAAAACCACACAACCAUAUUGUUUCUCUCCCUCAGUGGCUGAAGAAUAACUUCAAAAAGGCAGGGCUAGAACAUGUUUUACUGGAGAGAACAUGGAAGUGGAAGACGUUCUACCAAGAAGUAGUGUUUAACAACCUUGAUACCAUUGACCCUUUGAGCAGAGACGCUCUUGUGCUGCAUGCCAUUGACCUUCACGACGAAGAAAUUGACAAUCUACUGGUCCGGUUUCCAUGCAUCCCCACAUCAAAGGGACACCUGCAGUACAUUAACAAACUUGUGAAUCCAUCAGGGAAGGUUGCCUGUCUUUUUGAACCAGAAGAGGGACGCUUGCUUGGGGGAACAGUGAAUGACUUUUGCUCCCCCAAAAGGAUUCAGCGCUUGUUGGAACUUGGAAUGACAAGCAAUUUUCUGCCAUUGAAAGACAUCACAGAAAAAGCAGACACAAUCACCCAAACAUGGAGCACUGACCGGACAAAGGCAUUGGAAAAGCUGAAAUGCCUCCUGGACCUUAUGAAACAUCACGCACAUGAUGAAGACUCCAGCCACUGGGAAAUACUGAAGGAGACGGAAUUUCUGCCAGCAUUUUCACCUGCUGAUGUGACAGUGGAACAAAUGGUUACACUUAAAAAACCCACUGAUGUUUUCAGUGACAAGUGCACCCUGCUUGUGAACAUGACACAGCCUGUGCUGGACAACAGCAUCCUGAAAAUGUACAACACAGAUCCAGUCUUCCAAAUCUUGGGGAUCAAUGACAGUCCAGGGCCUGAAACAGUCCUCCGGCAGCUGCAAGAAGCAUGUAAGCAAUCUCAAUCCAUUGAAAAAACUAUGCUCCACAAAAUUGCAUAUGAAUGCUAUUGCUUUCUAAACCAGUGGCUCUGCAACUCUGAAGAUUCAACUUCUAUUAAAGAAAUGGCAAAUUCAUUCCCUUUCAUUCUCGUUGGCAGUACAUUUAUAAAUGUGAAAUGUGUUGCUGAAAAUGAGCAAUUUGAAGCAAAACCAUACCUCCAUGUACUUCCACCUGCAUUCAGAUGUUUCCAAAACCUCUGGGAAAGUGUAGGUGUUGAAAAAUGUUUUACAGUCAGUCAAUGCAUAACUGUGCUCCAAGAGUUGGACAGUCAACAUGGAAACAAGGCCCUGCCCAAGCAUGAUCUAUCAAUGUGCUUCACUAUUUUAACGGAAAUAUUUCAAAAAGGAAUAUUUGACACAGAAGAGAAAACAAGUGACUGUCUGAUACCCAAUGAACAUGGCAUUUUACAACCUGCAAGCAAGUUGUGUUACAAUGACAGCCCAUGGAUGCCUGUGGCUACUGGCGUCACGUUAUGUCACGAAAAUAUCCCACGUAAUAUGGCUUGCCACUUUGGAAUAAAAACAACUCGGCACCACACACUGCAAAGCCACGUAGCUCCAAACAUCGCUCCGUUUGCGUUUCAGUUUGAACAGCAGGAGCAACUGACGGUUCGAAUCAAAAACAUUAUUUCGUCCUAUCCAUCAAAAAAGGAUAUCCUGAAAGAAUUGAUCCAAAAUGCAGAUGAUGCGGAGGCAACGGAAAUUCACUUUGUUUGGGACAAACGACAGCAUGGCAAAGAAAAAACAUUUGGGAAGAAAUGGAACCAUCUGCAGGGUCCAGCACUGUGUGUGUUCAACAACAAAGUGUUUUCGGAUACUGACCUGGCUGGCAUUCAACAUCUGGGGGAAGGAGGAAAGCACAACAUUCCAGGAAAGACAGGGAAAUAUGGUGUUGGAUUUAACUCUGUUUACCAUUUGACCGACUGCCCAUCAAUCCUGACUGGAGAUAAACUACUGUGCAUUUCUGAUCCCAAUCAAAAAUACAUAGAAAGCCCUUCAGACAAACCACCAGCUGGGAUUGGCUAUAAACUAGCUGAUAAAUUCAAGGGGAUGUAUAUGGAUGUCUACAAAUCAUUUCUUCCAGAUGAGUUUCCUCUUAAAGAUGGCACCAUGUUCAGAUUACCUCUGAGGACUGGCACAAUGGCAAACAGGUCUAAAAUAACAAAACAGGGAGUCACUGAUAAUGACAUGAAAACACUGUGUUCUGCCCUCUCUGAAGAUCCAGAAGGAUUAAUUCUGUUUCUGAAAAACAUCUGCAAAAUACAAGUCCAUGAAAUAAAUCAACAAUCAGGACAACUGAAAACCAUCUUUAUGGUUGAAAAAAGUGUUCCAGCGUCAAGCAGAGAAAAAAAGGACGCUUUUGUCAAACUUCAACAAAAUGCACUGCAAUGUGACAAACCAGUCACACCACAGAAGGUCAUUUAUGAAACCCUGAUUUCAACCUCAGAUAAAAGGCAAAGUAAAUGGAUCAUUGCAGAACAGAUUGGCUCAUUUAAAACCUGGGAUGGAGGGGACAUAGCAGCAUCAGACAAACUCCCUCAAGCAGCAAUAGCAACAUGUUCAAAGCAUGUAAACUCCAUGGAUUUCAAAGGAGAAGCUUUUUGUUCACUUCCUUUGCCCGGGAAAACUGGACUUCCAGUGCAUAUCAAUGCAAACUUUGAGGUUGAUUCUUCCAGGAGAAGCCUUUGGAAAGAAGAUGGACAAAGUCUGAAAUCUAAGUGGAAUGAAUCAUUGAAACAGAGGCUAAUUGCUCCACUCUAUGCUGAUCUCCUUCAUUACAUUAGUUCUUCCAUUGCAAAGACAAAAGUCCCUACCUCAGCAAUUGAGUCAUGCUUCAAUCUUUCGUACUUGUGUUUUUGGCCAACUGUGUCCAAGGAUGUUGAUCCGGGUUGGCAUGAAAUGAUACAUGAGGUAUACAGAUCGAUCAAGGAAAGAGGCCUCAAUGUGAUUCCAGUGAUGAGGACUUCAACUCGUACUAUUAUCCCUCUCUCCAGCAAUCCUCUGACACUCUCAAAUCCCUUUCGGCAAAUUAAAGAAUGCUCUUUUGACUGGUGUGACAUCACAGAAACUGAGUCAACAAAGGCACUGCACCUGACACAUUCACUAAUUGAUGACAUCAAUCCCGUUUUGGAAGAGCUUGGAAUGAAAUUGGUUCCAUGUUCUACUAAAAUGCAAGACGUUUGGAAAAGUUUUAAAAGUGCUGGCAUUGAAUUGAAAGAUGUUAAUUCUUCAACUGUGCGGACUUUCCUGAAAGCAAAACCUCUCAAUGACCCAACUCAGACGAAAGAAGCAUUACCUCUGCCCAUAACUUCCACUCUGAUCAGAGAUAAGACAAGAUGCUCAACCCUCCUGAAAUACUGCCUAAGAGAUUUCACCUUGAAAAAGGUCACGGAGGAGAACUGCAGUUUACUUGACGGACUUCCACUUCUUCUCACAAGAGACGAAGUUUUAGGAGUGUUUAACUCCAAAUCUCCCAAGCUUAUUUCAAGAUAUGAUGACCUGUUCCUUGGCAACAUGGACCGCUUUGCAGAUUUUAAGACCAACAUAGAAUGCAAGGACACGCUACAAAAUUUCCAUCUUGUCAAAGAUCUGACACUUCCCUGUGCAGCAGAAUAUCUCAAGCCAUUAAUUCAGCAACAUCUUGAAAGCUGUGAAGUUGAUUCAGAAAGUGGUCUUUAUGUCCCAAACGAGACAGUGUUGAAGUGGCUGAAUUCACUGUGGAAGUUCAUAACAAGUCAAAUUAAACCCCCACUGUCCAGUGAUGACAAACAAACGCCGACGUUCAGUGAUGUGAGGAAGAUUUUCGAUGACUUCUACAUUUUACCUGUUGUGUGUCCAAGGCUCAACAACAAGCAUUUGCUGCAAAGAAUGAAGGACAUGCCAGGUGUGAUACAGUUUGCCUUAGACAGGGACAUAUCAGGCACCCUCUUCAAACUUGGUUUUAUGAAGCUCAACAGUAAAUUCUUUGACGAGAGACAUGUGAAUCGAGAGAUAGUUUUACUUCUACACCCUGAACUCCUGGAUGUGAAUGAUAAAACCGCUGUGCUCAAUCAGGUUUACAACAUAAAACACUCAGAGUUUUCUCAGCUUCCCGAUGAUGGCAAAAAAGAGCUUCAGGCAUUUCUGCAGUCAGGAAUAUCCAAGGCAGAAGACAAACAAAACUAUCAGACAAAGUUUAAGUCCCUGCCAUUAUUUGAAACGAUAUGUGGUGAAAGAGUGAGGAUUGAUGGACCCGAAACAGUAUUUGUCUUCCAUAGCACUUAUCUCUGGAGUUAUCCAGAGUUGCUCAACCUCAACAAAAGCAACACCAUUUUUCUCAAAAAUAGCCUCGACAACCUCAGUCUGUCAGAAUCUCUGAACAUCAAACAAAUGACUGAUUUGAAGUAUUUAAUGACAUUCAUUCUGCCCGUCGCACAUCAACUCACAGAAAUGCAGAUGCGCCAAUGCUUCAAACUCUUAGUGUCAAUUCAACUUGAUUUACUUUUAAAUCAGCCGGACAAGGAAGCCAUCAUCUCCUCAUUGAAGACAGUGAAAUGGAUUCGCAAUUCCCAAGGCAGAUUAGAGACGGCAUCAUACUACUAUGAUAAAAGUGUCGAGCUGUAUGAGAAAAUGUUGCCCCAAGAGAGAUUUGUGCCAGGGAGCUUUUGGACUGAGUUUGGUGAAGGAGGUCAAGCAAAAAAAUUAGCAGAAAAGCUGCUCAGAGAACUUGGAAUGAAGCAUGAUGUGUCAAAAGAUGACAUUAUAGAAUUUGCACACCAGUUAGAAUCAGAAGCAAAAAGAGAUGGUCCGCUUCAAGAUCUCAAAGACAAAUCACUGCUGCUUUUCAAAGCAGUAAUGCAUGAUGUAAAGAAGGUGAAGAAGAAAGGUGUAAAUCAAAAGGAAAAGCUGCUGACGAGCAUAGCUGACAUCAACUUCCUUUUCCCUGUGGAGAUUAGUAAAGAACUGCGUGACUAUCACACACCAUUUGCCGACAAGAGAACGACGGUUAAAAUCAGAGGCUCACUGAUGGACGUUAACAAAAAGCACCAAGAACUGAUUUGGUCUUCAAUGCCAGUUAUCAGCAUACCAGGUUCUCCGUCACAGGAGCUGCUACAGAUGAUGAAAGAUGCAGGUGCUCACGAUGAGCCCCCAACACAGUCUGUAACUGCUAACAUGAGCAACAUCUGCCAUUCUCCCUGUAAAACUGAACAGCUGAUUAAAACCAGAGCGCAGGUGUUUCGCAGUUCCUAUGCUUAUCUGCAAGCUCAUAAGUUUAAAGCACAGCCGCUGGCAGGACUUCCUGUUGUGUUGGUUGAAAAAGACAAAAAACUCGUGAGGGCUGAGGACACGUCUUUUGUACUUGACAAUGACCUGGAGUUCAGACCAUAUUUGUACAAAAUUCCACCACAGUACAUCAUUUAUCAAGAUUUCCUUCAGAAAAUAGGUGUAAAGGAGCGUGCUACUGCAACACAAUAUUGCAGUGUGUUGGCGUCUGUGUAUGCUGAGACUUGUGACCAACAACAAUUAAACCCAAAUCAAAUUAAAACUGUGAAAUGUGCUGUUCACCGGUUGUUUCGGUUAAUCGGAGAUCAAAAAAACGAAUCCCUUGCCAAUGAUGUGAAGUCCUUGCAUCUACUGGCAGUAGAUGGUAAGCUAUACCCAUCAAGCACAUUAUACUACAAUGACACUGUGCUUGAGGCCCAAAGACUGGAAGAAGCACUGAAGAAAGAAUUCUUGUUGCUUGGGAAACUCAGUAUAUGUCGUUUGGGGAAUGACACCUAUGAACAUCAUCGGUUGCUGAAAAUGCUGCCUCCUGCAGUUCAACCAAACAUGCUGUCGCAGUUCACUGAGGAGAAAUUAGUGGAAGCACACAUGCAGCUUUGCGAGCUGGAGACUUACUGUGAAUUCAGUGGCUGGUUUGAGAAACAUCUGUCCUCAUCUGCAUUGCGCCAUGGAUUAAUUUGUCUCAUUAGACACCAGUCUCAUGGAAAAAUAACACAUGAAGAUGCUGCUACCAUGUGCCAGAAGACAUUUGGCAGUAUUCAGAUUGUGUGCUGCCAAAACCUGGAGACAGAGCUUUGGCUGAACAAUCAGCCACUUGACAAAACUGCCACCGCAACUGAUGUUUUUGUCCAGAAAGGGCAACAAGGCUGCACAUUUUACUUGAGACACUAUGAUGACAUGGCUUUUAAGGUUAUUAGCGAAGUCAAUAUGACAUUGACAAAGGAAAUCAUGGCUCUUUUAGGCAGCAACAUAGCACCAGCGCACCUCCCAGUCCUUGGACAACUUCUCAUAUGUGAUAGUCUGCAGGAUGUUCUGAAAACUCUGGCUAAGAACAAGAUUCAAGACAGUGGUGAAGCUAAAAGCAUCAAUCUAGAGCCACCAGCCCCUGGGACAGAAAUACCAGAAGAAUGGCAUGAUUGGUUAGACGUGGACAUCUUCAAUAACUUUGAAGAGGGGGAAUAUGUUGGCUAUAACGUCAACCCCAACGUGUAUAUUUAUGCAGUUAUUGUUGAAGAACUGCUGGGCGACUCUGGACAAUAUUCCCACAGGUACAGAGUAGAUGUUGGAGAAGAUGAGCCAAUUGAAGUCAGCUGUGUUGACCUGUAUAAGAUUGAACGAGAAAAGAAAUCAAAACCAAGGAGGACUUCCCCAUCUGCUGAAAAUAAAUGCAUGGCGUUGGAGCCAUUUGCGGGAGCGGUGCCGCACAAUCCUCAAUCAUCGACUUCAAGUUCCUCAUCUACAAGACCCUUACCAGCCUCUUUUGAGGAAGCUAAAAGGGAGAUCGACGAAUGUUUGGAACAGAUAUGGACUCUUCCCGAGAAGGAGAGGGAAAAAGCCAUCAGGCGCCUGUACCUCAGAUGGCAUCCUGACAAAAAUCCUGACUCUCAGGAUCUCGCCACUGCGGCAUGCCAAUAUCUUCAGAAUAAAAACGAGGAGUUUCUCCGCAAAGGCAAAGGCAAAGGCUCAGGCAAAGGCUCAUCCUCCCAUCCACAGGGAAACACAGAUUUCAGAGACUUCUACCAGCAAUGGAAUCAAGAGGCCAGGCGUCACAGAAGUAGUCGCGAGAGAUUCUCCAGAUCGUCGGGUUCCUACAACUUCUGGACCCAUGAUGAAAAUAUCCCAAGGCCAAACAAAGAGGAGGCUCAGCGCUGGUGCAGACAGGCUCGCUGUGACCUCAGAGCAGCUGAAAAGGACACUGGUGGAGGAAGCACAGAGUGGUGUCUGUUCAAAGUCCAUCAAGCGGUGGAAAAGUCUCUCAUCGCCGCAGAGUACAAGCGGCACGGCAAUCAGCCCAACAUCAGCUCCAUUUCGGUCCUCGCCACACAAGUUUCCCUUUACAACCUGCAGCUGAGAGUUCUGCCGAAGAUUGUGCAAAACUUGAAGAUGCUGGGAGUGGACUCCAAAAAGACGCAGUAUCCAAACUGCCAUCCAUAUCCCCGUAUUCCAAAUGAACAGUUCCUAUCGGAGAACGCACUGCAAGCGCUUACCCAAGCCUCUGAGCUUCUCACUAUAGUAGAGGCAUACGUGAAUUAGAGAGUGUCAUGCUGGCAAAGACAGUUUGAGUCUGGGGGGGUUUAACGAUUGAGAGAUUGAAAAUCGCAGAAAUCGCAUUAACACUGCAUGUUUAUUUUGACUCUUUACUGAGGAACAAUCUAAUCACCAUAUGAUUUACUAUUAAUAUAUAAAAAAAAAAAAUAAACAUUUGAAUAACUGUAUGACCUUUUUUUAAUGUUAUUUUUAGUUGUUCGAUUCAUUUAGUGAACAUUUAUGAUCGAGUCUCUGAGGACCAGUAUAUAAAAAAAAACUUGUUCUAUUAGUAUCUGCUCAGUAAUACGAUGUAGUAAUAAUUGUUGGGUUGUUAUUUUCCAUUUUGUUUUGUUUUUCCAUUCAUGAAAACACUGUAUUACUGUACAACUUAGUUCUACUCACAUUUAACUACUUACUGAGGACCAAUAACCAUUAAUCACUGUGUACACUUUUUUUUUAUUCUACUCAAAGUCUACUCUACUACUGAUAAUCAAUGCACAAUUUUGUUGUUGAAAAUGCAAAUAUAUUCAAAAAUAAUCUGCAGUACAACUGUUCACGUUUAUGUUCUCUGAGCAUUAAAGUUCUGAUUAAGAGGAAAUACCGUAUUCAUCACUCAUUGUUCACUGCUCGUUAUGAAAAUGCAAAUAUAAACAAUUCAAGUGUAUCUUGUUAUUACUUUUUUUUUUUCCCCCCUUUCAGAUAUGAAAAUGGUGUUCAAUAGAGGUUGGCACUAAUAUUCCUGUUCUGUGUUUUUAAAUGCUUAGCAUACACUGUAUAUACUAUUUCAUAGUAUAAGUAUAAGUGAGGCAUUUGAUGUGAUAAGACUAAACAUGACAUGAUAAUACAUCUUUGCCAGGACAUACAGUGCCUUACACCCCCAAAACAAACAGCAACUGAAAGAGGCUGCGGUGAAAGCCUGGAAGAGCAUCUCAGCAGAAGAGUGCUAAAGUUUGAUGAUGUCAGAGCGUCACAGGCUUGAUGCAGUUAUUGAAAUCAAAGGAUUUACAACUAAAUAUUAAGUCUUA